GCUACCAUAUACUCUCAUAAAAAGGCAUAUAAUGUAUUGAUUGGGUUGGAUGGUAAUAAAAAUUAAACAAAAUAAAAUGUAGAAAGGAAAAAAAGUCAUUCAUUCAUUAAUAAAGGGGGCCGGCGGGCCGGGUGAUUAGGUCGGAAGGAUCCAAAUCUAUUGAAACUAGACGAUUGAGUAGAGAUCGGUAAAAGGCCGCCACCGGCGUCGGGAGGAGAGCAGAUUAAUCUUCAGGUGCAGGGGCAGGCGCAGGCGCCACCACCGAUGGCCCAGCUGCCGCCGACGCCUCGGCUUGCUGCUGCUCCUCUUCCUGCUUUUGGGCAAAAGUUCCCCGGUCAGGGAAGCACCAUCAAAUUUACUCACCAGGUCUCCAUCCACAGGCUGAGGGUCCUUCCUAGUGGGGAGGGUGAGGAUAUAUGUCUUUCUGCGCCAGGUCUCCAAGGGCAAAGGCUGUUAUCUGUUCGGCCGAUGGUGGUGGUGUGGUGAACAACCAUUGGAAAUUUCACUUUUAGGGUCAAAAUCGAGUUGUUGACCAGGUUUGGGUAGUCUCUGAUGAUCUUGCGGGUCACAUCCAAUUCCUCUCCACCGAAGUAGAGAGUUUGCCUCCAGACCUUGGCAUCUCCAACAGAUCUCUCGAAAAUUCUCGCCUUCAGAUCCAGGAUGGUUCUACGCACAGUAAAAAAAAAAAGAAUUUGGUAAAGU